CCUGACACAUAUGAAAUCGCUGCCUGCUGUUUCUUUUCUCCACAUCCGCCAACAUCACUCCACAGCGACGCCAGUUCCGGCGACCAGACAUCGCUUUCACGUCCCCUGCUCCUUGUUCAGCUAGGUCAGAUUGAUCUGUUCGGGCUGCUGCUGCUGUUUUUGUAAAUCAAUUUCUGCUUUUCAUGGCUUCAGCUGCCGAUCGUGGCGGUGCCGGAGACGGUGGCGAUGGUAAUGUGAAUAUUAUUCCUCUGCUGCGUACGUUAGCCAAAGGGGCAGCUGUAACCCUAGGUGGGGUUUUAUCCAUCACAGCUAUUUCCUCCACUACAGUUGCAUUGUUCACACUCCACAAAAAGGAUCAAAUUGUGGCACCACCACCACCAUUUUCAUUAUUAUCAUCGUCAUCGUCGUCGUCAUCAUCAUCAUUUAUGAAUAAAAAGAAUACAAGAUCAUGUGAUGUAUGCAAAGCAAAAGGGUUUUACAUGUGCAAAUCAUGCAAAGGGAAUGCUACAAUAGAGUGGUCUCCAUUAUAUGAUCCUGUGUUCAUUAAUCCAUGCCUUUGCCCUACUUGUGAUGGACAUAGGAUUCAACGAUGUCUUAACUGUUUGGGAAGUGGAUUCAUUCAAUAAGCUAAAGCAUAUGAGUAGUUUUGUUGAACUUAACCAGCUCUCACAGGCCUUCAACGAUUCUCUUGUUCGGUUUUGAUCGGGUUGCAAAUGGUUUGAGUUUACUCGGCAGGUUAUGGUUUUGGGCUCGGAUUGUAUAGCUUAGUUAGUGUUUUUCUUUCGUCAUGAUUGUAUGUAAUAAAUUCGAAUCCGACUCAAGAGUUAAAGUAACUCAAAAGAUAAGAUGGUGAUUCCUAAGUUUAGGAUUUAAGGUUUAA